AUGUUUGCCCCCCUAACAACCGCCACCAUCUUCGCCCUCGUCUGGACGCAGACGAAGAUCUGCUUCGACUACACGCCGGAUUGGAUUGACGGAGGCCCGCGCUAUAUCAACGGCGUCGUGUUCCCCAAAGUACUCACCGACAAGAACUACUCUUACCGAGUCGAGUCUGACAGAGACUAUGGGGUGCGGGCUGGGUACCAGGUGCAAGCCGAUGGGUCGCAGAAGGUGAACUUCCUGGACUACAAUUACGGGCUGGGGAUUGAGCCCUACCGAGGGAUUAAGGUGUACGUUGUCGACCCCGAUGACGGCAAAAACUACCUAGUCGCUGAGCUCGAGAUGGACCAAAGGGAGAGAUGCGCGGGUGGAGACUAA